GCAUCCCGGGAAACCGGGUUUGUUAUCGUUUGGGAGAAAAUGGAAGGCGUGCGGCCGCCACCCCUCCGGAGCCUGGACGACUUUCUCCUGAGCUCGGCGAGGUUCGCGCUGCCGGAUGUUCGCGACCUGGACCGCUGGAACAACCGCAUCAUCAACAACCUGCUCUACUACCAGAGCAACUACCUGCUGUCCGCGCUCGGCCUGCUGCUCUUAGUGGGGUAUUUCUGGCCCUUACAGUUGUGUGUUGGGGCAGUGGUGGUCACCCUGUUGUUCCUUGGCUUUGUCUGGGCUGCAGAGAACCAAGCUCCCAUUCGCCGUUUCCGUAGAAACCACCCAUCCAUCUGUGUGUUGGCCAUUCUCGUGGCCAGUUACUUUUUCAUAUCAGUGCUGGGAGGCGUGGCUGUCUUCCUGUUUGGAAUAGCCUUCCCUAUACUGAUGGUUCUGGUCCAUGCGUCGGUGAGGCUGCGCAGCCUGAAGAACAAGAUGGAGAAUAAACUGGAAAGCAUCGGUUUGAGGAGGACACCCAUGGGACUCCUGUUAGAGGCCCUGGGACAGGAACAGGAAGCUGGAUCCUAGAGAGGAAGGAAGAAGAGAAGGAGGAGAAGGUGUGUGCAGGGGUGGAGGGUAGGCCGGGUCCAGUCACAGGGAAAUGCAAAGAGAGAUGGAGGUGAAGAAGUGGGCGGGAAACAGGAAGUUGAGAGGAAAAACAGAGAAGCAGAAAAUUACUGCAGGAAUAGAAGAAGAUACAGCAAGUAUUUCAGGUAUGGUCUGCUGUCUGUUCAGCAUAGUCACAUUGAGGCCUGAUAUGACACGCUAGUAGUUCCCAGCCUGUAUUGACCAGUGUCCCCUGAAGUAAAAUAGAGGGAUGUUGCAUUUGUCAACUAGUGAUUACCAGUGUUUCAAGUAAAAAAAUUCACAAUUUUAUGCAAACAGAAUUGUUUUAUUUUCCCCUAUCCUUUUUAUCAUCUUGUGACCCCUCAUGUUAAUCCUGUGAACUAAUGUGGGGGUCCCGUCCCCCAGGUUGGGAACCACAGUGACACAUUAAAAAGCUCUGUGUCCUGCAUUUCAAAAUAUAUAUUUUUUUAAGUUUUUCUCUCGGCUAUAAUCUUGAAACAUUAAAAACUUUUUCUUGUGACAUUAUGAAUAUUUUAAAAAUGCUACAACUUGAUUAUCGUAACAAUACCACUCUUAAAAACAUCUGGACUUUAUUCUUGAAGUCUCCACAAAACUUCCACAUCCUGCUGCAUGCUCCAUAGGGUGUAAGUGCACACUUUGUAAUGCUAAUAGGCUUUUUCAGUCUUUAAUUAUUGCAGUCUCUCACAAUAGCUUGUAGUGGAAAUGUGUAGCACGUAAAGUGUAACGUUUAUGUGUUGCAGCUACAUCCCUGCUCCUACAACCAGCCUUUGGGCUUUUCAUUAACAAACUUAAUUAAAACAGUUAAGAAGCAUUAGAAAUUAGUGGAACGAUCUCUCCCCAUCGAUUUGAAAAUGAAGAGCCAAGAAAUAUCCAGGAAACUGGUUGUAAAGCUCAGAAAUCCAAUGACAGUAAAGAUACACCUGCAUUUACUGACUCCAAAUGAAUUCCUCUUUCAUUUAGUGUUUCCAUUAGUUUGUGUUGGAUUGAAGUGUGACUUGAGUUCUUAACUGGGCUUGAGUUCAAAGAAAAAACAAGGUUUAAUAUGAAGAGAGAAUCUCCCCAGCCCCCUUGGUCUAAAACCCCCUGUUGAGCAAAUGGGAGGAGAAGGAAAAAAUGAAGGAAGGAAAUAAAAAAACUUUUAUAUACCACAUUUCUAAGCCUGUAUUUAUCAAGAGGAAACUGCUUCACCCACCAAGCUGCCAGUCAGACUCCUUCACUGCUGGUCAGUGGGAUCUGGACUGGGAAAAACUCGACUGGAGCAAACGAACAAAACACUUUGAAUUUACUCGUCAUUCCUCUAUAACCAAAAUCCCUGUUACCACAAAUUGCCACUAAACAAAAAGAUUUGUUUUUUGUAUGACCAGACUCGUGGUAAAUGUAAUUAUUUUCUCCUUGUAAUUUACUCUGCUAUAAACUCUUGUUUAUAGCCACACUAGCUGCAUGUCUUUGUCGGUGGAUCAGUCCAGGCUGAAAUAUCUAGAUUGCAAUAAGAUUUCAGUGUUAGUCCCUAUCAGAGGAAUCUCAGUGGCUGUUGAGCCCAUCUUUUCAAUAUCACACCACCAACCAGGUCACAAUUCUUCAGGGAAAUAAAUGUAUGAAGACCAAAGGCGGAAGAUGAAGUCACGGUGCCUGUGUUCCGUGGAAAGGAAACCUGUUCUGGGGGUUUGCUUGAGUCCAUUUUCUAAAAUAAUCUGGCAUCUCGUACAAUUUUCGCUAGUCAGGAUUAAUUCCCAAUUAAUUUGUGAGCAUACAGAACCACUACUACUUCUACCAAUUGUCCAUCAGUAUUCUUUUCUAUUUUAGUUUUAUUACAGUUGCUUUAAUCACGGACAUGUCUAAACCAAUAUAUCUCAGAUAUGGGUGCUGCCAUUUCUUGCUGGUGACUGCGCAGCAGCGAUCGUGGAGUGGAGCUAUUGUGUUCAGGUCCUGGCCAUAAACCCACCUGACUCAAUCAUGACGUCUCAGCCUGUUUUUAUUGCAUCAGGUAACUUAUAAAAUCCUAAUUUACCAGAAACAUGAACACUUUGGACAUACUUCAAUGUGAUGACUACUAAAGAUGACAGAAACCAUCUUUACCCCAUCUUUGUUAAUCUUUUUACUCUUUUAUUGUGGCCCACGCCCCAUCCACUAACAUGAAGGAUAGGGAGGUGGGGUGUAUGUCCUUACUGCAGCCAGCCACCAGGGGGGAUUCCAGAUGUUUUGACUCCACCUCUGGGGUGCUGCCAUGUCCGGCAUCUUCAGUCAUUCAGUCAUUGCUCUAAACUAGUUGAAACCACUCAACUCACCAUGGUGUUGUGUCAAACUAUUAAUGUUUAACCUGUGGUAGUCUAAUAUUUAUGGGAAAUUUCUGUUCUGAUGUUACCAUCAUAUGUAUGGACUGAACCACAUGACAUACUAUUGUUCCUGCGGUUAUGUUGUUGUCUGUAACUUGCAUAUUAUUAUGAAUUUAAAUGAAAGUUUUCUUACCUGGAAGGUCCAGUCUCAAAACUAUUGAUAUUUCCAUGGCUUAAUUUUUGUUGUUGUUUAAAACUGAAAGAAUUGUGGAACUGCAAACCAGACAGCAUAUACUGCAAUUUCAAAAUUAAUAUUGUUCAACAAUAUGCAGAAAAAUAUCUAUAGAACCAAAUAGCAAUCAUGUUUGUACUUCAGAGAGUUUCACUGACUAUGCUCCACACAGUGAAGGUGUUUGACAAUUUGGGAUCUAUUUUUAUUGAAUAUGGGACACAGUUGACAUAUUUAGGUGGUAACAGGUGAAAUCUACAGCCUCUGAAUCUUGUAUUGAGUACUUCUGUGUCCUUCCCUCUGAUUCGUCUGGACCACUGUUUCCAUCCAGGUUUUUGAAACUGACUGUAGAGGGUUUCCUCCACUAUACCAUGUUUGUUUGGUUGAAGUUAGAGAGGGUGGAAAGCUAAUUGAUUUGUAAUAUUGCUGACUAUGAAAGACAUUGUUAGAAUGUGUGCCGUGAAGAAUCAAAUGACUCUGUAAGUGGUUGAUCUGUAUUGUGUAUGUGCCAUUGCAGUUUUGAUAUUUGCCUUGUAUAAUUAUGUUUAUUAUGACACUUAGUUGAUAUUCCUAUGUGCAUUUAAUGCUCUGCAGGCAGGUAACGUGUUUGUCAUAGGUCAUGCACAUGGAACCUUUCUGUCCUUCUUGUUCUCUCUAACUGCUAGAGCUGCCUGAAUAAAGACCAACGGUGUGUACUAUGAUUUGUAAGCAUUCGCUGAAAUACUAGAAUGUAAACUCAAGAGGAAACAUUUCUGAAUGACUGCACAUUAAACCCAUUGUACAGUUCAUGAUUAUUAAUGUCGAGUGUAGCCUUCCGUUCAGCUGAAUGUCUGAUGUUUGCUUCACAUACAUGUCUUUGACCAUUUGCCAAAAGCUGUUGAUUAAACAUGUUUAAAACAUUUUUUUCUAAAUGAAAAAAAAAGAAGAUUCUGUC